UUUGAGACCCCUGGUUUAAAUAAAAGAUUGUGCUGACUGAAUAGCACUCAAAGGACAUUUUAUGUGAAAACCGUGGACCGGAAGUGGUGUUGGGCUGGUGGAGGCGCUACGCAGCAGAGCUCCAGGGGAAAGGUCCACUAUGGCUGAGACCCACAGUUUACAGGACCUCCAGCAGCCAGCUGUCUCCUCCAAGGUGUUUGUCCAAAGAGACUACAGCUCAGGAACCAUCUCCAGGUUCCAGACCAAGUUCCCCUCUGAACUUGAGUCAAGGCUUGAUAAGCAGCAGUUUGAGGAAACUAUCCAGACCCUAAACAACUUGUAUGCAGAGGCAGAAAAACUAGGGGGGAAGUCUUACUUGGAAGGCUGUCUGGGUUGUGUAACUGCCUAUACAAUAUUCCUUUGUAUGGAGACACACUAUGAAAAGGUGUUAAAGAAGAUUGCUAGGUUCAUUAAGGACCAGAAUGAAAAGAUAUAUGCUCCCAGAGGUUUGCUGUUGACUGACCCCAUUGAGAGAGGCCUCAGAGUCGUUGAAAUUACCAUCUUUGAAGACAGAAGUAUUGGCUCCGGAAGAUAAAAACCUUGGGGCUGAUGACUCUGACCAGAUAUUCUUCAAUUGUCUGGCAGCACAUACUCAAAUUUCUGCUUAACCUGAAUGGAUGUAUAUAAUUUUGAUCUGAUUUUUCUCUGUUAUUUAUAAAUACUCUACUGUCUGCUCUUCCUUAUAUGUUUGUAAUUGUGUUUUCAUGUCUUUUUAUACAUGCAGUGAUGUAUAAAUUCUGUCCUUGUUGAUGAAGAUUGGUCUUUAUGAACAGUGCCAUUGUGUUAAAUAACAUUUUUUUGGAUUGUGGUGAAUAUAAGUGAUUUACUUGUUUAUUUUUUGGCAAAUAAUGAAAAGUCAAAAAGUGUAGUCACCAAGAACUGUGAUGAGAAUAUGGAAGGAGUGGUUGGUACAGUCUGCAAACAGUCAUUAUGUUAUGGGCAGUGCUCCACAGUAUUAACAGGCUGGUUGUUGCCUUUGGAAGAUGUUUUCUUUUCUGCGCAUGACUGUGAUUUUGUUGGGGGUGGGGUGGGGUGGGGUGGUUCAUUGCUUGUAAAACAUGAACAUUGAAAGUUCUGAACUGGAAUUUUGUGAAUGAAGAUGGAGCAUGUUUAUUGUUAAGUCCAUCACAAAGUAACAAUACCUCAUGUCACUUUCCAUCUCUCUGUCAUAUUACAAGGUCACAAUCUCCCAAAUCACAUUCAACAGUCCUGGUACAUGUUUCUCAUAAGAUCUACUAUCUAUUGUUUAAUCUAUCUAUUGUGAAUGCCAUCCCCAUUUCCAUUAUCACCACAGAACACCACAGAAACCUUAAACGCUCCCAACUUCACAGAUGAUUGCUCUUGUUUGUGUUUAAUACAGCUGAUGUACUUUUCUUACAAAUGUUAUUCUGUUUUAUCUGAAUAAAUAGCCUUUUCCUGAAAUAUGUACAGUAUAGCUCCUUUUGUUUAACCUAUUUUCAACAUCAAAGUGCAUAACGCUAUGAAGAGUAUAAGAGGUAGCAUUGUUUGUGGGCACUGGAUUCCAGAAUUGGUGUUUGGUUUGAAUAAGUAUUUCUACAUAAACUGUAAUGGCAUUUCACUUUUGUUUGGUUUCGGUUAGGUGUGUCACAAAAGACUUAAACUGACAAUAAUUGUAAUAAAAAAGAAAAGAAACAUUGAAAUAUUAAUAAUUGACACUUGACAAUAUUGUGUAAACAACGAGUGCCUGGUAAUUAUUUCCUUUUCUUUAUGUUUCCACUUUGUUAUAUAGUUGUGGUUACAGACUCUGACACUGUAUUUUCAUUGUAAUUUCUUUUGACAAAAAGACAAUAAUGCAAAAUAAAACUAAGGAUGAUCUU